CAAAAUACAUAGGGUGCGAGUGGAGGCUGGUUGCGACAUACGUCUCAUUGUUCGUCUCGCAUGUUGAUGCACAAGAAAUCGCAUCACGGGCCUUUGCGGAGAAAGAGAGGUUGGGGAUGCGGGUUGCUAUGGUCUAGGCGAUACAUUGGCGUACACUCGCAUGCGGAAACAACACCAGCGCCCAGCCAAGAGAUUUGCGAUACGAACCCAUGAACUUUUUUAUGCCCGGGGAAGAGAGCAAGACACCAAAGUCAAAAAGAUGCAAGCCAAGUCGUGAUGGUUGGGGCUCUCAGAGUUCCUGGGCGUCGGCCCGUGUUUUGGUAUGACCAUUCUUUGCAGUAGUGCUCCCGCGCGCCUCUGCGUCCGUAAAAAAAGGUCUCGGCAUUGAAAAAGAGGUCAAGCCAUUGAUACCAAGACUUUUGGUCAGAAAAUACCUCGUCUCGGAACAGCAUAGAAGCCAAGGCAUGGCGAAAGGACGAUUGCAACGAACAAGGCUGACAAGCAAUCAAAUGAUCUGGAGGGUUUGCUUGGAACGAGAAAGAGUCGGUCCGGGGAUUUGUCUGCUAUUGCUUGUAAUCGAGGUGUCUUGUACACUUCGCGGCUGCCGAUGUUUGAAGUUCAAUCAAUCAUUUGGCUUUUGGUGCUGCUUAAUCUGGUUAAACGACUUAGAGUUGUGUGAAUGUGAUGAGAAGAGCGGUUUUGUUGGAUCAUCUGGGACAUACCACCAAAUACAGACCGUACCUAUGUAUCACAAACCGUUCGGUCUGGCCGACGUGUUGCAAAGUGCUCGGUGCUCUCUAGACGUAUCGUCUGCAAGAGACCCAUCGUGUCAUGUUUCGGGUGCCUCUUGGUGGUUCGUGUGUCGAGCGAUCAACACUUUGCUGACCAUCGAGCAUGAAACUACGAAGUAAGGCCGCGAGCA